AUGGUGGUGUGGCCGGGGUGUCAUCGCUCUGCCCCUCCCCCGGUUCCCGCGUUCGAAGAUUUCACAACCAAGAAGAAGGCGCCCGUCAAGAGCGGCGGUCGCGGGAGCGGCGGCGGCGAUUCGGGCGACAGCGACAGCAGCCACCUCCGCGGGUCUACGUCUUCCAACCGUGGUCGCGCCCAGCCGUCUUCUUCAGCGUCCAGCUCUUCGGAGCGCGCGGACAAGAAAGGAGUAAAAAAGAAGAGCCGCACCUCCCGCCCGUCUUCGGACACGGCUGGAGGAGCAUCCUCGGAUUCCGGUUCGGAACGUAGCCUUCCUCGGAAGACUUCUUCGGGCAGGAUAUCCAGGCAACAAGUGAAGCGGAGGCUGGACGACGGAGCCACGGGCCCGGAAGCCUUCACGCUCCUUCUGCGGCUGCUGUCGGAGCAAUUCGAUGUCGGAGAUCGACAGGAGUCGUUUUUGCGACUUCAGGAGUUUGGUGUUUCGAAUGGAACCUUGUUUGCGGAUUACCUUAGGGCGUUCCGUCUUUUGGUUUCUUCGGUGACCGGGUCUGAGCGUGUUUUGGCUCCUAGUGUAUCGAUGGUGCUUGAGAUUGUCAGGAAUUCUGUAAGUAAGCAGUUUCCGUCUUUGGCUCCGAUGUUGUACCCUGGUGACCUGGCUACGGCCGUGACACCGUUUGAUUCGAUUGAUGCAAUGUGGCAGGCGUUCGCGCCUUUGGCCACCAACAAAACCCCCGCAAUAGGAGGUUCAGAGUAUUUUUCUUUGUCCUCUACGCCUGGCUCCUCGCAGCCCCGGCGUUCCCAGAACCGUGCCACUGCACCUGCGCCUUCGGGCCGGCGGGCACAAGGUUCUGCACACAAUCCUGUUGUUUUGGCAGUUCAGUCACAGGAUGGCGGUAAUGAUCCAUUUUCCCGCGAUUACAAUGCGUGGCCAGCUAAACAGGGCGAUUGGUCAGAUGUGUACCAAGUCAGUUCCUCUUUUCGCAACACCGGUGAUCCUUUUUGUGGACGCCUCUCUUGA